UAAAUUGCAGUGGAUAUAUGUCUCCUGAAUAUGCAAUUGAUGGGAAAUUUUCCGUAAACUCCGAUGUUUUUAGUUUCGGGGUGCUUUUGUUAGAGCUAGUAAGCGGCAGAAAGAACAGGGGAUUUCAUCAUCCAGAUCACCAUCAUAGUCUUCUGGGACAUGCAUGGCUAUUGUGGAACAAAAACAAGGAGUUGGAACUAAUGGAUGAAUGCUUAGAGGACUCAUAUGUUGAGUUUGAGGUACAAAGAUGCAUUCAAGUGGGUCUAUUAUGUGUUCAAAAGAUGCCAGCAGACAGACCAGCAAUGUCAUCGGUGGUGUUCAUGUUGGGCAACGAGGGAGCAACAUUGCCUCAACCAAAGGAGCCUGGUUUCUUCAUAGAAAGAAGCAUCGCCGACAUUGAUACCUUACUUGGUGAAGUUAGAAGCCACACUAGAACCACAAUCACCAUUACCGCUAUGGAAGCCAGAUAAAUUGAUGUAUUUGCAAAGUAACAGGCAAAGAAAGAGGUUGGCCUCAAUACAUGAGAGGUGAAUUGAGAAUUGUAUCAAAUUAUUAUUUUCACAGUGAUAUGACACGAACAUGUAGUUGCUCAAAGUGGACCCUUAGAACGGAGGGCGUAAUUGUGGCCUGGUUAAAACCUUGUC